GGCGCCCGGGUGCCGCGGGGAGGAGGGGUGAACAAAGGGCUCAUUCUCCCCUUGCGCAGCCGGUGGCAUCGCCGGGGCGUUGGCGGAAGCCCCCGGGGCUCAGGAGGGGGCAGGCCCAGGCGGGGCCGCCGAAUCACGGGCUCCUGUUUCCCGCAGGGUGCUGGAGGAGGAAACCGGCGGAGCAGCUUCCCCACUCUCAGUUGCGCAUCUGGCGAUGGCGAUCGGAGGUCCUGCUGCGCUCUCCGCUGCGCUCUCCCUGCAUUAGCCGCGUCGCGCGGUGCUGAGCCCUAGCCGGUGCCUCUCUCUUGGGUCACGGGAUCGGCCCCCUUUCAGGCUCGACCCCCUCCCCCGGCCCCUCGGCCUUUCCCCCUACUCAGCCAUCUGCGACCCGGGGCGCGCGUUCCCCCCGGCCCAGCUCCCUCUUUCCCUCCGGGGGGCACCCGCUCCCUAGCCCCGGUCCGGCCCUCCCCAAAGCGCAGCACGGAGUCUCGGCGUCCCAUGGCGCAACCCACGGCCUCGGCCCAGAAGCUGGUGCGGCCGAUCCGCGCCGUGUGCCGCAUCCUGCAGAUCCCGGAGUCCGACCCCUCCAACCUGCGAUCCUAGAGCGCCCCCGCCGCCCGGGGGAAAAGAGAGCGCGAGCGCGCUGAGCGGAGAACGCGACGACCACGCGCCCGCCCGCCGGCCGGGAGGCCUGAGCCGGCCCAUGGGGAGCGGGUGCCCGGCGCCGGCCAGCACAACUGCCGCCGCCUGCUCCGCGCCCGGUCCGUGAAGCCCAGGGAUCCCCCUGGGAGAGCCCCAUGAGGGCAGGAGAGGGAUGGCAAGUACGCCCAGCUUCCUGAAGGACACCCCAGCCUGGGAGAAGACGGUCCUUGAAAAUGGCAUCAUGGGACAGGAGCCGGGCACUCCACCAAGGGACAGCCUGCGUCACGGGUCACUGUGCCUUGGAGAGCCUGCCCCCUUCUGGAGGGGCGUCCUGAGCACCCCAGACUCCUGGCUUCCCCCUGGCUUCCCCCAGGGCCCCAAGGACACUUUCCCGCUGGUGGAGGGAGAGGGCCCCCAGAAUGGGGAGAGGAAGGCCAGCUGGCUGGGCGGCAAGGAUGGACUGCGCUGGAAGGAGGCAAUGCUGGCCCACCCGCUGGCCUUCUGCGGGCCAGUGUGCCCUCCGCACUAUGGCCCCCUCAUUCCUGAGCACAGUGGGGGACAGCCCAAGGGUGAUCCCGUGGCCCUCAGGCCCUUACACUGCCCUUUUCUGCUGGAGACCAAGAUCCUGGAGCGAGCUCCCUUCUGGGUGCCCACCUGCCUGCCACCCUACCUAGUGUCCAGCCUGCCCCCAGAGCGUCCAUGUGACUGGCCACUGGCCCCACACCCUUGGAUGUACCCUGGGGGCCAGCCCAAGGCGCCGUCUGCCUUCAGCCUGGGCAACAAGGGCUUUUACCCCAAGGAUCCGAGCACUCUCAGGCUGGCAAAGGAGCCCUCCUUUGCAGUGUUGGAACCUGGGCUGUUGGGUUCAGCCCCUGGUGGUCUUCUGCAGAGAGCACGAGAGGCAGAAGGCCCUUCACUCCACCAGAGGGAGGGAAAUCCAGGAGCUGGCAGGCCGAAGAAUCUUCGCUCACUUGUCCUGGGACAUCCAGACACUGUUCCCCGGACCGCCUGGCCCACCUGUCCUCCUGGCCUGGUCCAUAGUCUUGGCAAUGUCUGGACUGUGCCAGGCAGUGGCAGUCUGGGGUACCAGCUAGGGCCACCUGUCACGCCACGGUGCCCCUCUCCUGGGCCUCCUACCACCCAGGGGGGCUGUUGCUCAUCCCACCCACCUGCUCGAGAGGGGGAUGUUGGUCCUUGUGGGAAGUGCCAGGAGGGCCUGGAGGGGGUUUCCAGUGGGCCUGCUGAGUCCAGCGAGGAAGCGAACAAGGCUGUGGGUCCCAGAGCCUGUCCCCCAAACCACCACACCAAACUGAAGAAGACGUGGCUCACACGGCACUCGGAGCAGUUUGGGUGCCCAAGUGGCUGGCCUGCGGAAGAGGAGAGCCCAGCUGCCCAGCUCCGGGCCCUCAAGAGGGCAGGCAGCCCCGAGGUCCAGGGAGCCAUGGGUGGCCCAGCCCCCAAGCGCCCACCUGACCCUUUCCCAGGCACCACAGGCCAGGAGGCCAGGGGUUGGCAGGAGGUGCUGGACGCAUCAGUAGGGAGCAAGGCGGAAGCAGAACAGCAUGAUGCACAGAGAGGACCCCGAGGUGGCAGGGCCAGCAUCCAGGACCCUGGGCCUCAGGACACACCUGGCGUGGCUCUCUCGGCAGGCGUCACUCAGUGCCAAAGCUGUGCCCAGGCAGCUGGAGGGGUGGGAGAGCUGGCCUGCCACUCCCAGGAAGCACAGAGGCCACCCCUGGGUGCCGAGCCACAGCAGGAGGAAGACUCCCAGGAAGGAGGAGGGUCUGGCUCCGACCUGCUCAGCAUGGGCCUUGCCAAGCACCUGCUGAGUGGUUUGGGGGACCGCCUGUGCCGCCUGCUGCGCAGGGAGCGGGAGGCCCUGGCCUGGGCCCAGCGCGAAGCAGGCCAGGGGCCAGCUGUGACAGAGGACAGCCCGGGCACCCCACGCUGCUGUAGCCGCUGCCACCACGGACUCUUCAACACCCACUGGAGAUGCCCCCGCUGCAGCCACCGGCUGUGUGUGGCCUGUGGGCGUGUGGCCAGUGCAGGGAGGGCCAGGGAGAAGGCAGGCUCUCAGGAGCAGUCCCUGGAGGAGUGUGCCCAGGAGGCUGGGCACACUGCCUGUUCCCUGGUGCUGACCCAGUUUGUCUCCAGCCAGGCUUUGGCAGAACUGAGCACCGCAAUGCACCAGGUCUGGGCCAAGUUUGACAUUCGGGGGCACUGCCUCUGCCAAGCUGAUGCCCGGGUGUGGGCCCCUGGGGCUGGGGGACAGCAGAAGGAGCCGACAGAGAAAACUCCCCCAACUCCACAACCUUCCUGCAAUGGGGAUUCCAACAGGACCAAGGACAUCAAAGAGGAGACCCCAGACUCUACUGAGACCCCAGCAGAGGACCGAGCCAGCCGAGGGCCCCUGCCUUGUCCCUCUCUCUGUGAACUGCUGGCCUCUACUGCUGUCAAACUCUGCCUGGGGCACGAGCGCAUCCACAUGGCCUUCGCCCCCGUCACGCCGGCCCUGCCCAGCGACGAUCGCAUCACCAACAUCCUGGACAGCAUCAUCGCGCAGGUGGUAGAGCGGAAGAUCCAGGAGAAGGCCCUGGGGCCGGGCCUGCGGGGUGGGCCAGGCCUUCGCAAGGGCCUAGGCCUGUCCCUGUCUCCGGUGCGGCCCCGGAUGCCUCCUCCUGGGGCCUUGCUGUGGCUGCAGGAGCCCAGGCCUCGGCGCUGCUUCCACCUGUUCCAGGAGCACUGGAGGCAGGGCCAGCCUGUGUUGGUGUCAGGGAUCCAGAGGACUCUGCAAGGUGGCCUGUGGGGGAUGGAAGCUCUCAGGGCGCUUGGAGGCCAGGUUCGGGCGCUCACUGCCCUUGGGCCCCCCAAGCCCACAGGCCUGGACAGUGCGGCAUUCUGGGAGGGAUUCUCCGGGCUUGAGAGCCGCCCAAAGCCAGACGAGGGCUCUGUCCUCCUGCUGCACCGAGUUCUGGGAGAUGAGGAUGCCAGCAGGGUGGAGAACCUGGCCUCCAGCCUGCCCCUCCCAGAGUACUGUGCCCACCACGGGAAGCUCAACCUGGCAUCCUACCUCCCACCGGGCCUCACCUUGCACCCACUGGAGCCCCAGCUCUGGGCGGCCCAUGGCGUGAGCCCGCACCGUGGACACCUCGGGACCAAGAACCUGUGUGUGGAGGUGGCUGACCUGGUCAGCGUGCUGGUGCAUGCAGAGGCACCGCUGCCUGCCUGGCACCGGGCACAGAAAGACUUCCUUUCCGGCCUGGACGGGGAGGGACUGUGGUCUCCGGGCAGCCAGGUCAGCACUGUGUGGCACGUGUUCCGGGCACAAGAUGCCCAGCGCAUCCGCCGCUUUCUCCAGAUGGUAUGCCCGGCUGGGGCAGGGACCCUGGAGCCCGGCGCCCCAGGCAGCUGCUACCUGGACGCAGGGCUGCGACGGCGCCUGCGGGAAGAGUGGGGUGUGAGCUGCUGGACCCUGCUGCAGGCCCCUGGAGAGGCUGUGCUGGUGCCUGCAGGGGCGCCCCACCAGGUACAAGGCCUGGUGAGCACAGUCAGUGUCACCCAGCACUUCCUAUCCCCAGAGACCUCUGUCCUCUCCGCUCAGCUCUGCCACCAGGGACCUAGCCUGACCCCCGACUGCCGCCUUCUUUAUGCCCAAAUGGACUGGGCUGUGUUCCAGGCAGUGAAGGUGGCCGUGGGAACAUUACAAGAGGCUAAAUAGGGGACCCCUGGUGUCUGGGGGAAGGAGUGGUGGACAGGUAGACCAGGUGUUCAGCCCAGACAUAGCUUCAUCAGGGAAUGGCACUGGGGGAUUUAGGGACUUUUGGCCAAUCCCACAAACACCACUCUGCACCCUAUUCCUUGCCCUGGCCCUGGCCCUAAAGUCAACAACCAUAGUGCCACUGAAGCUCACACCUGCCCUUCGCAGGCUGGCACCUGCUCCACCCUGUGCCCCUCUCCAUGGUACCAGGCCAUAUUAGGGGGAACUGACUCCCUCCAACCCUUGUGCCCCAAUCCAGGAGACAAACAGCCCUUCCUCAGGGGACCUUGGGAAUCAUUCUGGCUUAAGCAACACUUUCUUCUGCUGCCUUGUCCCUCCCUGUGUCCCAAGCUCUGCUUAUACCACCCGCAUCCUCACUGGGCUCCCAGGCAGCCCUUCAUACUGUGGCCGUGCUAGACGAGGGGCUACAGAACUGCCCUCUUGCCAGAAUUGCUGUUCAGUGUCGGGGAGAGGGCCUAGGGGAGUGCCUGCCUGGGCUGGAGGGAAUGACAUGGGCCGUGCCACCCUGCCCCCACUCUAGCCUCCCACCUCCCUCCUUCCUGCGUGAUUUCCAUUAAAAUCUGUUGUUUUGCGAUGCUGCCAGUGUGGUUGGCCCUGCUCCUGCAGGCCACAUGGUCUGGGAAGGGAGGAGAAACAAGGGAAUUUGCCCUGGAGCAGAGGCAAGCAGACAAGGGCAGGCAGGGCUAUGGGGGUCCCCUCAAACACUCCUGCCUGCUCUUCCUGCGGGAGCCUGGAGCCUUCUGGGGUGCUGCCCCCUGAAGAUGCCCCUGACUGUGACAGCAGACGAGGAUGAGUUGUGGGCAAGGCACUGAGGUGGCCUCCCUGUGUGGCAUCAGCUGUGGAUUCCAGAGCCCCGCUGUCCCCACAACCUCCAGGCCACCCCCCCAUCUGCCCCACGCUGGAGGGACACCAGGGAGCCCGCACCCAGCCCCACUGCCCAUGGUGGCCACAGCCUGGGACUGAGCUUCCCUGCCUCAGACACUGCUGCUAUCCUCUCCCUGCCCCAGCCCCUGGUGUGGCUCAGCCCUCCGCCCCCCUGCCCCGUGUAUUUCAACCCCACCAACGCACCACCUCUUGUCAUACCUAAUUGUUUCUGCUGUGGUUUGGGGAAUUUUUUUAUUAAAUAAAUUUUUUUAUUAUAACUGUAA